UAUAUUUUGUUUUUAUAAAUCUAUUUUUGCUUUCUUUUUCAUUAAACUUUUCUUAUUUCAAUUCUGAGUAAAACAAUCGGAUUUUUGAUCGAUGUCUUUUUAUGUCUGCAUUUCAUGCUCCAGUAGGUAUUUUCUGCUAUCAUUGAUGAAUAGGAAAAGCAUGUGUUUAUGUAGAUGAAUAAUGAAGUAAGGGAAUACAAAAACAUGUGUAACCUAGAAAAACAUUUUAACAGAUAUUGCCAGUUUUAUUUUACAUUUUCCCUCAUUUUGGGGAAUUUUAGUGAUCCUAGGUACGAUAUUUUUAAUCUUAGUAAUACAUCUGUAGAUCACUUAAAUGACCUUUCAUCUAGUGACAGACCAUAUUGUUAAACGUUUGGGGCAUAUUUUCAUUGAUAUCUUCAUUAAAACUUACGUGAGUGUUUCUGAUCGAUCAUUGUCUAUCUAUUUGUCUGUUCAUUCACAGCAUACUAAGUGGGUCAUUUAUGAGUGUGAGUGAUGUUAGGAGAGCUUUGUGAAAUUAAUCUCACAUUUCUAUGUGUCGAAAAUACCUUUUGGGUUUUGAAAAACAACUUUGACAUUUAAUCCCUAUAGACUGUUUGACUAAAUGUAAAUUAUCAUUGACACCUCGUUGUCCGUGGAAAAGAUCGUUAGAAAUCAUUUGGAAAAAUCAGCGGGUUUUUCACGCCACACACAUGUGCAAACAUCCCCAGCAGAGGGCUUUAUCCAGUAUUGUGGUUGAUAGACUCGGUCAGCCUUUCCUGAGAUUGCAGCUUUUCCAUUGCAACAGAAAAGACCACUUAUGAAGACAAGUAAAGGACGCAAAGAAGAGGGAAAUGGCCCAAGAAGGAUUGUAUGGGCCCAAAUAAAGUUACCCCCAGAAACAAUGAUAUGCCCUGUAAGACUUGAAGGAUGGAGAAGGGAGGCAAACUAUGGUUGUUUAUCAUAUAGCCCAGCAUAUUCCAAGGUCCACGAUGAGGAUUCAUCUUCGCCUGGGACUGGGUCUAUUGAAUACUGUACGACAACGUCAUGUAUGUGUGACGUUGCUUUGCAGUAUAGUUUGUAUCAUUUUCUGCCAUCUGAUGAAUUCAUCAAGAGAUGAGACACCGCCACCACAUAUAGCAUGCGUAAAUUUUAAAGGAAGACUUGGUAAUUUAAUGCUCGAAUAUGCUUUUCUUCAUAUAAUUUCUAAAAUCAAAAACUUAAAUCCCGUCAUUCCAGAAAACUUUGAACUUCUGAAGGUCUUUAAUAUUCGAGAUAAAACUCCAAAACAAAUUCGGAAUAGAGAAAAGGUGUGCACAAGACUAUCUCUUCACGUUGAACGAUGGGGGUUGUCUUUCGACGAGGAUCUCUUCGAUGUUCCUACUUCUGAGAGUGUUCGAUUUGAUGGUUAUUACCAAUCUUGGAAAUAUUGGAGUAAAUAUGAACAGGAAAUUCGUGAUAUUUUUAAGUUUAAAAAACCCAUAAGAGACAAGGCAUUUUCUCAAUUUCAGAACAUUAUGUUAAUUAUGAAUUUCGAUACCAGAAAGAAAAACAAUAAGGUUGUGAGUAUACACAUACGAAGGGGUGAUUAUGCAACAGAAGGACAUUUGAAAUACGGCAAACUUACACCUAAUGCAACCUACUACAUCAAUGCAAUGAACUAUUUCCGCCGUAUAUAUAAAAAUGUAUUAUUCAUAGUGGGUUCUAACGAUAUCAAGUGGGCCAAAGAGGCUUUGGGUGCGGAAGAAAAUGUCUACUUCUCUAGGGGACUAUCGGCAGCUGAAGACAUGGCUCUGUUAUCUCUGGCCAAUCACACAAUCAUGUCCGUCGGGACGUACGGAUGGUGGAUUGGUUGGAUGGCAAGGGGGACAACUGUGUAUUACAAACACAUAUUUGUCCCUGGAUCGGACUUUUCGAAAGAAUUUAAGGACAAUUCUACUGAAGACUUUGUUUAUCCAGGGUGGAUUCCAAUGGAUGAAUCGCCAAAUGGCUGGAGAGAUGUGUAAGGUUAAUUCACGUGCAUGUUUAUUACUUGAAACAAGUUAGUGAAUGUCUGAAUUCUUCAAUGUCAACUUUUGUGUGUCUCGACAAUUUUGUGUGUCUCGAACCUCAUGAGUAUACAAUGUACAUGAAUGGUUGAUUAGUUGUUUCUUUGUUUUAAUGAAAGAAGUAGUCAAAAUAAAAAGAACAAUUAUGAUAACCUUUUCCUAGAUUUUUGUAAAGGUAACAAUUUAUUUGUCUGUAACGGUAGGUUUGGUGAACCGUCUUCUUUACUCACAUGUGAAGAAGCUAGUGUUGUAGAUUACGUAAUUGUUUCAGUAAAGUCUAUGAAACAUGUAUAUAACUUGAAUGUAUUGAAUUUUUGUAGCAUGUUUUCAGAUCCACAUUGCAUCGUAUGUUGUGUUUGAUUGUAAAAAGAAUGAUGAUGAUGAUAUUGAUGAUUGUAAUGAUAUUGCUGAACCAAACAAAAUCAAGAAAUGGGAUAUUGAAAAACUCAGACUUUCCGUAGAUAAUAUUGACUCAGAUAGAAUAGAUAGUUUGAAUCGGAAUUUAUAUAUGGUAAAUCCCAAUAAUUGUGAUAAACACAUUGUUAAUGACCGUGUAGAGACUUUAUGUGAAAUGAUUACAGAUGCAGCUAUAUCCACUGUCGGAACUUUUACCUCAAGAGGGAGAAAAAAAAAACUUAUUCACAUCAUAAUCCCUAGUGAAAUAUGGGGCUAUGUAAAUACUGAAUCAAUUGAAAUACUUCAUCUAAAGUUUCGUAAAUUGUUACUGUGUCUGAAAAAGUCAACGCCAAAUCAUAUGGUAUACGGUAAGCAAGGAGCCUAUCCACUGCACAUAUACAUCAAAACCAGAAUGUUAGGUUACUGGGCAAAACUAUUAUCACAGAGAGAUGACAAACUGUCAAAGGUUUUAUAUAACUUGAUAUAUAAUAAAGACAUUUUAAACGAAUUUAAUUCAAAAUGGCUAUUAUGUAUAAAACAUACUUUAGAUUCAUCAGGAUACAGCAGUAUUUUCAUGUCCCAGAACCCGAUUAAUUAAAAGUGGUUAAAUGAAAGUGUGAAACUUAGAUUGUUUGACCAAUUUCAGCAAACCUGGAAAUAUGUUUCAAAUUCCUCAAAGGGAUUAAACCAUAGAGUAUUCAAAGGAAAUUUUGGCUUUGAAGAUUAUUUAGAUGAAUUUUAUACCAAAAAAAGAAUAACUUUUUGUCGAUUUAGAACUUAUGACCAUACAUUAGAAACUGGUAGAUGGCAAAAUGUUGAAAGAAAAUGCAUUAUUUGUGACAAAAAUGACUUCGGAGAUGAGUUUCAUUAUAUUUCAGCUUGUCCACAUUUACUUUUGUACAGAAAUCGUUUUAUUCAUUUGGAAAACAGAACAAAUGUUGAAAUUAUUAAGUACAAAAAUAUAUUCCAAUCUAAAAAUAGUAUUUUGAAAAAAUUAUGAAAAUUUAUCUUUUAUACCAACACUUUGAUUACUUAACUUUCAUGGGCUAGUAAUACGUACAUUGCAUCAUGUACAUGUUCUUUAUUUACAGUAUAUGCAUUGGUGUAUGUAUAUAUGUGUGUGUGUAUGUAUAUAUAUAUGUGUGUGUGUAUGUAUGUGUGCUUUGAAUUUUUCUUUCUUCCUUUUUCCUUUUCCCCUUUGUUCUACUCUGGAUACUGAAUUUGUGUAUUGUAUACUGUAGAAUUUGUAUUUCUCUAUACCUUUUGUACAUUGGUUUACGAAAAUAAAUCAUCAUCAAGCGAAAA